UUAGUAUUAUUUACUACUUCUUUAAAGUUUUUUUGCAUUCAAUGUAUUUAAUGACGAUGUUUUAAUGAAUAUUUAAGUGUUGAUUCUGUGCGGAAUACAACAUGGCAGCGCCCAUGUAAAAUCCAGUUUGCCAUUUGACAGUUGGUGUGAUUUCUGUACUGCAGCGUGGAUCAAACAGUUAUAACCAUGGAAACGGAAAACGGAGGAUCCGGUUAUGUGGAAGUCAUGCAGAAAUCUGAACGUCCUUUCACCCCACUUGUAAUCAUCGAGUUCACAGUAGGCACAAAACAGGCAGCCAUUGAAUGGAUUGUUGGUAAAAUUCAGAAGUCCAAGGCUGCAGGAGGUGCCGAUUUGGACGUCAAUGCUGUGGUAAUGCACCACAAACAGGGUAUCACUGUCGAUCCCAGCGGGAAAGGGGAAACCGUUUUGUAUGUAGGGGGCAGCACUGAGCGGUUGCUUUGGGCAGCAGACAUGAUGGAUAUAAAGAAGGAAUAUUGUGAUGGCUACUAUCGGGAGUUUUCUGUCGAUGAUGUUUCAAACUUCAGAGGAUCCAAGGACUUGGACAAUUUCUUGACAAUGAGCGAAAAGCAGAAAAUCAUACUCCAUGAACUAGAAGUGAUCAAGGCCACCGAUGAUGACUCAGCUAUACCAGGCUACGACAGAGUCCGACUGUAUUCUGGAAACAGUGUCCUAAAGAAGUAUGUGAGUAAUGGAAUCAUUGCCAAGAUGUACCCACUUCACGAUGAAGAAGAGAUCAAGCGUCUGGGGGCCGAGUGGUACCAGCUCAAACAGUUUGCCAAAGAACAACCCAUUCACCAUAUUCGCGAAUACUUUGGAGAGAAAAUUGGCAUGUACUUCGCUUUCCUUGGUUUCUAUACCAUUGCUCUCAUCCCGCCCGCCUUCAUAGGAAUACUUUAUCUUAUCACAUCAUGGAAAAGCAUGUACCGGGAGGCCAUCUUUGCUGUCUUCAAUCUCAUCUGGGCUACAAUAUUCCUGGAGGCAUGGAAACGCUACUGCUCGGAGUUGUCGUUUAAGUGGGGACAGGCUCAGGACGUGGAACUUAAUCGUUCGCAAGAGCCACGAGCGAUGUACCAUGGAACCAUGGAUAAAAACCCUGUGACUGGAAAGCCGGAGCCACACUAUCCAAAGUACAAACGUUCUCUGAGGUUUUACGGAGUUACGGUCCCUGUCAUUGGAUUCUGUCUCUUGGUGGCAUUCUAUAUCAUGUUGGGGUACUUUUAUUUACAGGCGUGGGCUGAUGAGGUGUACGCCAAGGACAAGACAUGGCUGAAUAUGUCACUACUACAUAUGCCUACUGCUAUCUAUGCUGUUAUCAUUGGUGUUGUCAACAAUUUCUACAGAAAGAUCGCCAAAAUACUCAACGAUUUCGAAAACCAUCGACUCCAGUCUUCAUAUGACAAUCAUUUGAUCGUCAAACUCAUUCUGUUUGAUUUUGUCAACUGUUUCAUGUCGCUGUUUUAUGUGGCAUUCUAUCUUCAAGACAUGACUCUUCUCCGAAGCCAUCUAGCAGCUUUGCUGGUGACCCAGCAGGUUAUAGGCCAGGUGAGAGAAGCCAUGGUCCCGUUCAUCUUUGUCCGACGCAGGAAACAGCAGGUAGACAAAGUGAUGAAAAAGGAAGCCGCCAUACAGAAGGUGGAAUAUUUCAACGGGGAGCUGGACCAGAUCGUACAGAAACAGGUCAACCUGGAAUCUACCAUGGAUGAGUAUGAGGGUACAAUGGACGAUUACCUGGAAAUGUUCCUCCAGUUCGGCUAUGUCUUCUUGUUUUCCUCUGCGUUUCCUCUGGCUGCUUUCUGGGCACUACUCAACAACGUGACCGAGAUCAGGUCCGAUGCUUUCAAGAUGUGUCGAGUAUUCCAGAGACCGUUUGCCGAGUCAGCAUCAAAUAUCGGAGCUUGGCAGGUAGCCUUUGAGAUCAUCAGUAUCAUCGCUGUCAUCACCAACUGUGCCCUGAUAGGAAUGGAUCCCGAGGUGAAGAAGCUUCUUCCAUCUGACAUCAGCGCUGUAAACAUCGUCAUCAUCUUCGUCGCUGUGGAGCAUGUCAUCCUAGCCCUGAAGGGAGCAGUGGCUUACUGUAUCCCAGACACACCAAAGUGGGUGGAAAUUGAACUGGAGAAAAUGUCGUUCCAGACCAAACAAGCCCUUCAUGCUGAUAGAUCACGGUCAUGACACAAUGCUCAUAGUAUUUGUGUUGACAGUCAGAGAAUUGCUGCCUCAUCAAGCCAACAGAAGAAGCUGGGAGAUUUGCUCAAACUAGAAACCAGAGAGACGUCCAUUUAAGUGUUUAAGCCACUUCCUUACUGCCCUUAGGGUUUAUAUGUUAUUGUUAAAUGUUACUACUGCUAAAAGUGUUCUUCUUGUCUUCUAGGAAUAUUAUAGCAGUAUGUUAACCAUAUGUUGAACAAAGCUUUAUUUAACCCCGUUUUUGAAUACAUUGUAUAUGAAAUAUUAAUAUACAAAUGUAUUAUAUAUAUUUACAAAAAAAAGUUUUAACGUUUUUGGUAGCAACUAAAAUUGUUCUAUACAAAAAGUAAUAAAAACAGAUAAGAGAAACGACAUAUCAUUUAUUCUUUGUUAUUAAUUGUUUCAAAAGUCUUUUUUUUAUAUUUUUUUUUCCUUUGUUUUCUUUAGAUUCGUUGUCUUUUAUUUUCAAAUUGACAAUAAGAAUGUGUCUUUUUGUAUUUUAUUGAUCAAAUGUGAAAUAUUUAGAUUGAUUUAUAGUUUUAGGAAAUAGUGUCGCUAUGCUGAUCAAAGAUAAAGCAUGUCGUUUCUUUAACAAAGGACGGAAUGAUGUUUCGUCGCAUAAUUAUGGAAAAGUUGUCUUUCAGCGAUAUGAUCUGUUGGUUGCUUAGCUUUUUACCUUAUUUGAUUUAAUGAUUUUGUUGUAGUUUUCAUUUAUUUUUAUCACAUUAUACAAUUAUAUACAUGUACUGACUAUCAUGGUAAUAAUGAAUUUUCUUGCUUUAUUAUUUUAUAUAUUGUUAAAGAAACAACAUAAAGAAAUUUUGUGUGUUCCUAUACAAUUAUCAAAAUUAUUUUAAGGACAAACUGAUAAACUCUGUCCUCAAAGACUUCGUAAACUCUUUAAGAUUUUCACUUAUUACAGUUUUCCUCUAAGACAUUUCUUCUCUCAUCAGUAUUUUCCAUGAAGGCAGUAAUUUUUUCAUUUUUCUCAAGGACAGUUUUUCAUCCCAAGAGUUCCCGCCAUUACUCACUAUAACAGAGCAUUUAAGUACUUUUUCUACAGAUGCUUAUUUGAAAGUAUUUGAGGUUUGAGCAUAUCGAUGUUUAGAAUUAAUUCAAUUGAUGAAGCUUUGGUGAUCGAUACAAUUUAUGUAUCAGAAAUGGCAAAUAUGAUGUUGUUUGUUUGUAAUUAUUCAACAUUUUAAGCUGUUAGCUACGUUGUGAUACAAAAUAAUGGAACAAGUAAUACGAGGAAUAUUUCGGUUAUGUCCGAUAUGAUGUAAUUAAUGGAAAUAUGUUCCAUCAAAUCUUAAUCUGUCUCUAAACAUAGUAGUGGAGAAUGAUAUGACAAAUGUGCCUUCUAUGUCCGUUAAAUUUUGUCUCUAAAAAUGAAGAAAUGGCUUUUAAGCAACCAUACCAAACAUUAAAGCAUUUAGUUUGAUGAAAUUAUUUUUAUUAUGACUAAUGGGUAAGUAUAUUGAACCUUUCCUUGUUAUAUAUUUGAGCAGCUCGUUUAAGGUUGAUAGGGUACCUCUUGUAUACAUACUCUUCCGUACUUUAUAAGGCAGUAACAACUUUUAUACUACAUGACAAAUGCUCACCACAUUCUAGUUGUACAUAGAAGGACUUAAACGUCUUGUUUAAGAGAGAUAUUUAGAACGUGCCUGAUUUCCUAUAAUUAAGUCCCCAACAUAUUGUUUUUGCUCAGUUUCUUCUUCCUCCGCUUACGAGGUUUCCGACAUGUUUUUCAAAAAAAACAACUUAAAGGCCAUUGGUCGAAGUUUAGAUAUUGAGCGAUUUGAUGAAAUGAUAUAUAGGUGUAGUUUGACACUUAAUACACUUGCGAUAUCAACUUCGUUAUUUACGAAUGCGGGGCCGUUUGUGGGACAUAUAUAACGAUGUCCGUUACAAUUAGUACUCGUUAAGAAAUAUUUAGUUUUUAAAAUUUUCAUUAGAACAAUAAGAUGUCACAUGAACGGGUUUGAACACAUGUUCUUCAUAGAUAUGAGAUUAGUAUAACGAUGUUAGCAAAUUUUGAAAAUCUCAUUGUUUAUAUCAUUAAAACUGGCUAAUGGCCUCUCUGAAUGGGUGGAUAUUUGUUAAAUUCUGAUAUAAGACAUCGAAGAAAGGAUGUUGUUGUGAUAGUUAUAAGGGAUAUGUCUAGUUGGGUGCUGGUACCGAAAGGGUUCGUGACAUCAUAUUCAAUGUUAAUGUUGUUUCAAUAAAUAAGGACAAAAUAUUUUUGCAUUUCAGCUGUUGUUUUUAUAAUUUUACUGCCAGAGAUUUAAGAUCAUGCAAAAUGUUCUAACUUUGCCAUACUCUACUGUAGUUAGAUAUGUUCAAUAUAUUGCCAUGUAAAGGAAUGACGAAAAGUGCAAUGGUAAACUGCACGUUAUUUCAUUGUAUAUAAUGAUAAAAUGUUAGUCUUGAUUGCUCGACAGUCCAAUUCUGGUAUUCAGUACACCAAGAGAAGUUUUCUGUAACAUGUGAUAUAGCGGGAACUGCUGUAUUAAGCGACAUCCGAAGUGAAAAUCAAUAUAAUAAAUCAAAACCGGCCGGUUAAUUAAGUAUUUGAUAAAUAAUGAUUACAAAAUUUUAUUGAACUAUAUACAAACGACUACCAAACCAACAUUAUAUGCCAACAAUCCAUUAUGAAACCGUGCCGUAUCGAUUAGACAUUUACCAAUUCCUAGUUGAUACAUCAAAUUAUUACACUUAAUUAGUCUCCCUUAAUGCCCCCAUCUUUAUAGGUUUGAUUCAUAUUAAAGCUUAUUCCAAUACCACUUGCCAAUACGUGUACGUACCUAGUAACUAAAAAAAAACGAAAAUUUUUCCUUACGUUUGUCCAUGUCGUAUGCUGUCUUACUCGGUCAAUUUAAGGACAACCGUGUCUUGCCACGUCAUGACCAGAUCAAAUACUCAGCUUUUCUGUAGAUUCAGUCAAGUUCCAAUUACGUCAAUAUGUCAACAUUCAGGUUAAGACAACGCCAUGCUUACCAGUUACCAUUUCCUGGUAGCCUGUCGCAAUAUUUUAUAAAGGGCAUUGCAUAUUGUUUUGUACUACACGAGGUUUCUGAGUGGCAGUAUUCUCAUUUUUUUCUGUCAUAGCCUGUAGUUAGUAGAAUGAGGACGAAUCUUAGGUGGUUUUGGUGACUUGUUUAGUGAUGUUCUAUGUUAGUAUUGUUUUGUUUUCGGGAUUCAAGAUACUUUUGUUACUGAUGCUCCUGAAAUUGUAUGAUACCACUUAUUAAUGUGUACUCACUAUUUACUCUACACUAUGUAUACUAUUAUUAAUCGCAAUUUCUAUUGUGCAAUACACUGGAAGGCCAGUUCAGCUUUGUACUGCACAUUGUACCAAGUAUAUCGGUUUUAUAUCAUUUUUGUCCUUUACUAUCUUUUAACGAUAUAAGAGUUUCUAAUAUAUUAAUUUGUUGUUUAUAGAGCAUAGUAAGUUAAUGUAUCACCUUAAAAUUUGUAAUGUUAUUUGAUGUUUAAAUGUAUGUACCAUUUAUUUUCGGCUGGUGAAUGUGUGAAUUCUCAGCUUGAGAUUUUCAAAUUUCGUUUCUAUCAAUUUCGUUAAAAACAAAAAUAUUUAUAUCUUUUUAUAGCUUUAACAUCCUAUAUAUCGAUAUUUUUGGGAAGUGACUUUUGUGGAGAAAAGUAUAAUUGAAUAGGAAUAUGAAAAUAUCAUAAAUGUCACGAACAAUCUGAAUAUAAUUUAAUUUACCAAUGCUUCCUUUCAGAUGAAACGCAUUUAGAUAAAACAACCGUUUGAUUUUGAGUUAGAAAAAGCUGACAAAUAAAAGCUUAAUCUGAUUUGA